CUCUGACUUUUAGGGGGCGGUGCUACGAAUGUGUUGCGUUGCGUGUCUUGGUAUUCAAAACUGAUGAGGGGGAGAUAUUUAUUUAAUUGACUGCAGCCUUUACAACUUUUACAAUACUUCUGAGUAUUUAAUAUAACUGUUAAGCAAAGUUCAUGUGGAAAAAAUCGCGAGUCAUUUUCUCCAUCUAACGGUGGUUUCUCUUCCCGGUUAACGGUGUCUGAUAUCGCGAGCGCUCGAGACUGGUUGCAUGUGCGUCUAUUCACGCUGAUAAAGCCGUUUCUGGGGCGGAUAGCUGUAUCUACUUAGGGUUUCGGUUCUCUUACUUUCUAGUAGCAUUGGAUUACUACUGCGUUUGAUCAUGAAUUCGGGUCAAAAUGUGGAGGACAUGAGCGUUGGAGCUGGAAGAGCAGGCAGAUGCGUUGAGGAUGACGCGGAUUCAGACAGAGCUGCUGGCGGAGACUCGCUGAUGGUGGCCGAAGAGAGACAUCCGAGAUCUGCCAGUCCCCGCGGUGUAAACGGGGAUGAUGACUCUGAAGCGGAGUCCCACCAGGACGGCCGUAACGUGGCUGUGGACCCGGAUACUAGAAGGAGGGCGUUCAACUGGUGCCGUGACUUUCUGUCCGGAUCAUGGAAGGCUAUAUCGGAAAAUGACUUUCAGAUCAAAAUUGUCAGUGGAGGACUCAGUAACCUGCUGUACAUGUGCAGUUUACCCACUAAUGUUCAGCCCACUGGGGUUGAACCUCGACGAGUUCUGCUCCGGAUCUACGGGGCCAUUCUACAGGGAGUGGAUUCUCUUGUUUUGGAAAGUGUGAUGUUUGCCAUUUUAGCAGAGAGAGAGUUGGGCCCACGUCUUUAUGGCAUUUUCCCAGAAGGCCGUCUAGAGCAGUACUUGCCCAGUAAUCGCUUGCGUACGGAGCAGUUGGGGUUCCCAGAGAUCUCGGCUGAAAUAGCCAGUAAAAUGGCACGAUUCCAUGGGAUGGCAAUGCCAUUCAACAAGGAACCCAAAUGGCUGUUUGGAACCAUUGACCGGUACAUGGAACAAGUUAAAACAAUCAAAUUUGUACGUGAAGCUCACAUCAAGAAAUUUAACAAGCUAACUAAAUAUGAUCUUCCUGCAGAACUGGAGAAUCUGAGGUCACUGCUGGCAGCUACUCCCUCUCCAGUGGUGUUCUGUCAUAAUGACGUACAGGAAGGCAAUAUCCUCAUGUUAGAUGGCCGGGAGAAUUCAUCUGACAAACUAAUGCUUAUUGAUUUUGAAUACAGCAGCUAUAACUACAGAGGCUUCGAUUUUGGGAAUCAUUUCUGUGAAUGGAUAUAUGACUACACGUAUGACCAGUGGCCCUUCUACAAGGCGAAGGUGGAGAAUUACCCUAACAGACAACAGCAGUUACAUUUUAUCAGACACUAUCUGUCAGAAAGUGGAAGUGUUGCACCUGCAGACCAAGCCAGGAUAGAAGAGGUCAUGAUCAUUGAGGCAAACCGGUUUGCCCUUGCGUCUCAUUUCCUCUGGGGUUUGUGGUCCAUUAUUCAAGCCAAGAUCUCCAAAAUCGAGUUUGGAUACAUGGACUAUGCACAGCACAGGUUGGACACAUACUUCAAACAGAAGAAGCUCUUUGCCUAAAUCGCACUUGCAGAAUGUGCUUUAGGAUAUCAUUUUGCAUCACCUAUUGUUUAGGUAUAGUUUUCAUGAAAGGGCACAGUACAAACAAUCAAGACUUUUAAAAUAACGGUUAAUCCUGGGGAACAUUAAUCUUAAAUCAUGAAUUCACAUUUUGUAGGGUUUUCGUUGUUUUUGUCCCCUUCAAAAAAAAUGGAGGUAAAAAGUUACAAAUUAUCUGCAACUUGUGACUGAAAUCUAGAUUAAAUUCUUCUUGUACAGUCUGUACCUCUUCAUUGUACAAGGCAAACUGUAAAAUUAAGUCUUCCACAUUUUUUGAAUAUUUAAUGUGUUUACAUUUUAUCUAACUUGUGUGUGUGGUCAACAUUAUUUAUUAAUUCUAUCAAGAAUCAAUCAACAUCCAUCGUAAUUAUUGUGUAAACCACAGGGUCCAAAUGAUGAGGUCUCAUUUUUGUGUCCUAGAUUCAUAUACCAUAUUUGUUUGUCCUGUCAUCUGAAACCAAAAACAUAAAUCAAAUUGCAUCCUUCCUAAUAUUUACAUACUGUGAAAUACAUACUGUCAGGGGUUAUUGUCAAUUCGUUUUAGAAUGGCACUUAAAAUACUGUUUCGGAAAUAAUGUUUUGAGCUAUGCUUUUGUGUUUUGUUUCGGAUUUGACUAGUCUUUGCUCUGCCAUAUUGAUAUGCAGCAAUAACUAAUAACUAAACAUUUGUAUGUAGGUUUAUAUGCAGUCUGAAGGAAAUGCCACCUCAAGAACAGAAGUUUAAUUACUAAACUAACAAAUGGCUCUGUCCGAUUUCUAAACACCAAGUUAUUUAUGUAACUGUGGAUGUGGUUUUCUGUUUGAAUUGUUUUAUGCUUAUUUAUAUUUUUGCUUGUCCAAAGCAGGCAUACUGUAUUUUGUUAAGUUCAACCAAAUGGUAAUACUAUCUUUAAAUACUGUAAUUCUUCAACUGGAAAGUGGCAAAAGAAGAACAAUAUAAAUGAAGGAUAGUAGCAUUAUACAGUGAAUUAGUGGGAUCAUCAGCUUAAGAAUCAUUGUAUUUUGUAGAAAUCAUUGGGAGAAACUGAAUGGUCAAACUGAUGCUCUUGUAUUUGUCCCGGAAUAUAAACAAUUGUAUCUGUAUAAUUUUUCACAAUGUUUUCUUUCCCAUAUUAGCAAGAACAUUGAGAGACCAUGAAUGUUGUAGGCAAAACCACUUUAACAAACUCCCAAUAUCACUGUUAAUAUUGAAUCUGUGAUUCUUAAUAUUGAAUUUCUGUAAUUGCUUCGGCUAAUUCAAGUUAUAUUAUGGACUUGUCUCUGGUUGUUUCCUUUUGUUCAUUGGCAAUGCAGGUAUCCAUUCAUUUUGCUCAUUAAAAAAAUCAUGCUGA